AUGUUCAACCUUUCCAGAGUACUGAUCACGAGAUCGACCAAGGCCCCUGUUCGCGCUGCCUUGGCACAGUCAUUCCCCGUAUUUGCCAGACGCUUCAACUCCACCAAUACGGUGAACCCAGACUCCGUUGUGUUCAAGUACUCCGAGUCCGGUCCUUUGAAGGUGAAGUACACUCCAGAACACGAAUGGAUUGCGUAUCACCAGGACGGCACAGCUUUCAUUGGAAUCACGUCUUACGCGGCUGACUCUCUCGGAGAUGCCACUUACAUAGAGUUGCCAGAGAUAACGGAAGACUCUAUCGAGCAAGGUGAUACUCUUGGUUCCGUUGAGAGUGUCAAAUCGGCUUCCGAAAUAUACUCGCCAGUUUCUGGAAUCGUGACGGAAGUUAACGAGAAGUUGCAUGACUCGCCAGAGUUGAUCAAUGAGGACCCCAUGGGAGCGGGUUGGAUUGUGAAGGUUAAACUUGCCAACGAGGCUGAACUUGAUGAGGGAGCCUUGCUGGAUACCGAGAGUUACCAGGAGUUCCUAAAACAGGAUGCUGAAGAACACUAA